CGCGUGGAUCAUGGUGGGCAAGAAGGGGGAGACCCCGGGGUCGGGAGCGACCCCCGAGGGGCCCAGCGGGGCCGCCUCGGCUCCGGCCGCGGCUCGGCGGCGGCGGAAAGGCGGCAAGAAGCGGCAGGAGGCGGUGGUAGCCAUCCCGCGGGGCAAGCCCAAGUCGGGACGGGUGUGGAAGGAUCCCGGGAAGAAGAGGUUCUCCCACAUGAUCCAGGACAAGGCGCUCCGCACGUCCUGGGCACGGAAAAUGAAAGAGAGGCAGGAGAAGAAGCUGGUCCGGGAUCUGGCGCGGCAGCUGGAAGAAGCGAAGCAGAGGGAGAAAGAGGAAAAGAAGCGGCGGCGGGAGGAAAACCUGAAGCGGCGCCUGGAAAACGAGCGGAAAGCCGAGAUUGUCCAAGUGAUCCGGAACCCCCUGAAGCUCAAGAGGGCCAAGAAGAAGCAGCUGAGGCGGGUGGAAAAGCGGGAUACACUGGCCCUGCUCCAGAAGACGCCUGUGAGGCGCAGCACGGCCACGGAAUGAGGCAGGAAUCGGGAUACUGCCGCAGCCAGGCCAUGCAGCUGGGAUUCCUACAGAUCCUGCUCCUUUCCAGGGGCUUUUCCUCAGCUUACCAGGCAGGAAUCGCUGCCAGGACCCUCAGUGUUGGACAAACAGCAGGACAGAGCUGAGGGCAUAUAUUCCACAGGAACCAGCUGCUGGAUUCCCCAGUCCCUGUGGAAUCAGGAUGUGUCCAGAGUCUGGAACAGAACUUUGCUUUCCAAAAUUUGCCUUUUCCUUAUAAAAAUGAAUAAGAACUGAGAUUCGCCUCCA